AUGGCAUCUGAACCAAAGAACGUUGCCGAAAGGCCUAAAGCUGUCCAUACACAUGAAGCCCAUCCCACUAUAUCCUGUGGCAAAGCUGGAAGGCUUCCUGACCCUCCUGUCAGUAAAGGCUACUUCACGUUGCCCAACGGCUGUCCCGUGGAACAUCCCCUUCUGGCUGAAAGAGCCGACAAACAAAUUGAGAGUACCCGUUACGGGUCUCAGUUGAUACAAGACCUGAACACCGUUGAGCAAAUUGCUCACAUCAGCCGCGAACGGAUCCCGGAACGGUGCGUUACUUCCGCUUUCCAGGUUACUGUUACAGACCUCAACGUAUUAAUCUCACGUGAUGAUAUGGAGAGUCGAGGCAGAAACUAUUGGAUGAAGGAAAUGCAGGAAGGAACAGGGAUCGAAUUGGCCGAACCAGCGGAUAUGUCACGUGAUCCUUCAUCAGAUCCGAACAUAGCAACAGGUAUGAUCGGAUAUGAUGACAAUCAUACCCAGCAUAACAGAGGGACAUGA